AUGGAGUCAAACGCUGCACAGCAUCCUGUGUUUCUGGUAUUUCCUCCAGACAUCACUGUUCCCGAAUUUCAGUCAAUGGACAUUACAGGCACAACCUAUGAGUCUAGCAUGCCCUUUCCAAAGUUACUUGCCACAAGAAUGAAAAUCUUAGGGACUAUGCAGAUCCUGUUUGGACUGAUGAACUUUUCUUUUGGAAUUGUUUUACUUUUCACCUUUGAAAACCCAUAUCCAAGGUUUCCCUUUAUAUUUAUUUCAGGAUAUCCAUUCUGGAGCUCCGUUUUGUUCAUUAAUUCUGGAGCCUUUCUAGUUGCACUAGAAAGAAAAACCACAGAAACUCUGGUGACGCUGAGCCGAACGAUGAACUCUCUUAGUGCCCUGGCAGCAACAGCUGGAAUCAUUCUCCUCAUAUUUGGUUUCAUUCUAGAUCAAAACUACUUUUGUGGCUAUGCUGAAGAAAGUGGUCAGUGUCAGGCUGUUACCAUUCUAUUCAUUGGAAUUUUGAUCAUGUUGAUGGCCUUCAGCAUUAUCGAAUUAUUCAUUUCCCUGUCUUUCUCAAUUUUGAGGGGACCCGCUGACUGUGGUGACUGUGAGGAAUGCUGUUGA